UUUGCAUUAUUCUUUACUAUUGGCAACGUUAUUUCACUUAUUGGAACCGGGUUUUUGAUUGGAUUCAUGUCCCAACUCAAGAAAAUGUUUGAUCCGUCGCGUUGGAUUGCUACGUGCGUGUUCCUUGGCUCUCUGGCAUUGACGCUUGUAUUUGCGUUUGCGGUUAAAAUUGCAGUCUUGACCAUCAUCUGUUGUGUAUUUCAGUAUUUGGCACUAUUGUGGUACUCGAUCAGCUACAUUCCAUUUGCCCGAGAUGUUGUCAAGAGUUUCUUUGGAAGCUGCUUUUCUAAAUAA